CCUACGGCACAUCACCCUACUUCGCUUUACUCUAUCGAGCGAAUAAAACGCAGGCAAAGCGGCGGCAUGCGGAAGCACACGAGCUUAUAUAUCGUCCCUCCAAAGAAGCGCAGUUUCCGAAUCGAAAUAAUUGUUAUCAUUUUGUUACAGGCGAGGGACAAUAUUUUCGGGUCAGGCCGAAUAACAGCUCCGUGCUGGAAGGUGGCGAGGUGAUAAUUUCUUGCGAGGUGGGGAACCGAGUUGGUACCGUCCAAUGGGUCAAAGACGGAUUUGCUUACGUCAUACAACCGAACGGCGAAAUCGUGGGCCACCCCAGGCUAAAAUUGAUCGGCGAUCAGAACGCCGGUAUUUUCAAUCUAAGAAUCACCGACGCGUCUCUAACCGACGACGGCGAGUACGAGUGUCAAGUAGGACGAUAUCUGCGGAUCAAGCCAAUCCGCGCCAGCGCUCACCUGAUCGUCACCUCGCCUCCGCAAAAAGUGGCGAUCAGCAAUCACCCGAAGAAACAGAUAAUCGAGGUGAAGGUGGGCGAGUCGCGACGCUUAGAGUGCGUCGUUAGCGCGGCCAAGCCGGCCGCCUCGAUCAUUUGGUACCGCGGAAACGUACAGCUCAAGGGCGGCGACACCACUAUCGCCGCAAUCUCCAUCCAGGGCGAUAAGGAGAAGCCCGGAGAGACGAAGGAAUUGCUCAAGUACGACACUCACGGUUCCAUUACCAUCAUGCCUACGGCGGACGAUAAUGGGAUGGAUUACACCUGCGAGGCCAGCCACCCGGCAAUACCCAUAGACAGGCCUAUGCGGGCCACCAUUAAACUUUCCGUUUUCUAUCCACCUGGUCCACCGUACAUAGAGGGCUAUACCGAGGGUGAGACGGUGCAGCGCGGUCAAAACGUGGAGCUCGCCUGCCGAUCACGCGGCGGAAACCCGCCGGCGGAAAUUGUCUGGUACAGGAACGACGAGAAGGUUACGGCGGCCCAUCGCCGUGGCCCCGGCGCCAGCGAGAACGUGUACUCGUUCAUAGCACGAGCGGAGGAUGACAAGGCUCGGUACAGAUGCGAAGUCUCCAACAUCAUGAGCGUGCAGCCUAUGAAAGUGCACGUCGAUCUCACCGUGCUUUUCGCCCCCUCCGAGGUGAACAUCAACGGCCCGACCGAGGCGAAGGCGGACGACCAGGUGCUCAUUACUUGCACGACGGAGAACUCGAAUCCGCCCGCGGAUAUAAAGUGGACGGUGGACGGGCAUAAUUUCGAGAGCAACGCCUCGAAGACGGAGCCGGCGCCGAACGGUGGCUGGAUCACCAGCUCGAACGUGACGUUCAGCAUUAAUCGCAAGAGCCGCAGCAUCGUCGUCAUCUGCCACGCUUCCAACGCCAAGCUCACGGAGAACGUGGUCGGCACGCACACCAUCAACGUGAUAUAUCCACCUUCGAAACUAACUGUCACUGGAUACGAGGAGGGCACGACGAUAGUCGCCGGGACGGUACUGAAACUCAUGUGCACCGCUACCGCGGGUAAUCCAUUGGCCACGUUAACAUGGUACAAGAACGACCGUAAGGUACUCGGCACAGUGAGACAGCGCGGAAAUCACGCUGUCUCGAACGAGCUGACGAUGCUCGUCAACGCGUCCGACAACAAUGCCCACGUGCGAUGCGAGGCGACGAAUUCCGCCACCGAGAUCCCCAUGCUCAAAGUUCUCGUGCUGAAAGUCUAUUUUCCGCCCGAGAGGGUGAAGAUUAACCGCGAGCCCCAGGAUUUUCAUGCCGGCCAGGAGGGACGUCUAAUCUGCGAAUCGAGCAGCAGCAAUCCCGCCGCUGAAAUGUCGUGGUGGAAGAACGGGAUACCGGUGCCCGGCGCCAGGAACAGCACCAAGCCCGGAUUACACGGCGGCUACCUCUCGUCCGUUGAGCUCUCGCUGGACUUAACCGAGGACAUGAACGGCGAGGUGUACACCUGCGAGGCGAAGAACGCCGAAUUGGGGAGAUCCAGUCACGACGCGACGACGCUGGACGUGCUAUACAAGCCGAUAUUUUCGCCGUUAGACCCUUCCGAAUUAACUGGCUCGGAAGGAGAGCCCUUUGUAAUUUCCGUAUCGGCGAGGGGCAAUCCCAACACGACGGAAUACACGUGGACGAGGGAUGGUCUGCCGUUGGGUAGCAGCGGUAAGAGAAUAACCGCGCACGGUUCCACGCUAAAUAUCACGAGAUUGGAUCGUCACGACGCUGGCACGUACAUAUGCGAGGCGCUGAACAAGGAGGGAACCACCUUUUACCAGCUAAAUCUGACCGUGCAGUAUCCGGCUAAAAUCAAGCGCACUUCCUCGUCGGGGAUAGUUUAUCCACCGGGUAUCGAGGCAAAGCUAUUCUGCGAGGUCGACGGCAGCCCGAUCGGCGACGAGUAUGUCACAUGGCAGAAAAUAGGAUCGAAUCCUGAACUGCCGGGACGUUAUUCGACGUCUUUCGUCAAUCGGACGUCGUACCUUCACAUAGAAUAUCCCAGCCAGGAAGACGUCGGCGAGUAUCGAUGCAAGGUCAACAACGGCAUCGGCAACGUAACAUCGGAUCCUAUUCUAUUUAUUACGAAUUUUAAACCGGAAAUGACGAACACCCCGCUGACGCGAAAGGCAGCGGCGAACAAAGGAAUAAACGUCCAAUUGUUCUGCAAAGCGCGAGGAUCUCCAUUGCCGCGUUUCACUUGGAUCUUCAAUGGGAAAACUUUAUUGCCGAAUGCAACCGAAGAUAAAUACAGUAUCACUCACAGCGAUCUGUCGGAGCUCUAUUCGGAAACGAUGUUGACCAUCUAUCACGUGAGGUCGCAAGACUACGGCAAGUACGAAUGUCGUGCCCAAAACAAAAUGGGACUGUCGACGGACGAAAUACUUUUGGACGUCACGUCGCCGCCGGACAAGCCGAGCGACUUGGAGGUCUACAACUAUACGCACGACUCGGUCACGUUGGCCUGGAAGCGCGGUUUCGACGGCGGCCUGCCGACGUCCCAUCAGAUACGAUGGCGACUGGCGCAGGAUUACGAGGAUCGCUAUUAUUACCUGGACGUCCCGCCCGGCGAGUACAAGGCCACUAUAUCCGGCCUGUCGCUGGGGACUUAUUACGUGUUUAGCGUAAAGGCCAUCAACGAGAAAGGAGACAGCGGUUUCUUGCCGGAUCUCCUCAAAGUCCAGACGCUUCGCGAGGCGCCACCAACCGAGUUGACAUCAAGCGAGAAUAGUUCCUCGUACAUCAUCGUCAUUAUCAUCACUGUUUCCGCCUCUGCUUGCCUACUCAUUGCCGCAACCAUAGUCUUUGCUACAAUAAAGUCGAAAAAGAAGGUCCAGCGUGCUGGCAUUAAUAAGUCGCAGACCGCGGAUAUGUAUGCACCGUCCACCGUCAACGGCGACACCAUGACCGGCGAACUAAGUUCGAUGUCGGACGAGAAGAGCGACGUCAACUUCGACGCUAAUGAUUACGUGGACGAGGGGCGCAAAACCGCAGCUAGCACGUAUUUAAUAGAUCAAACUAUGCAGGAUUUCGGGAAAGGCGGUUUAGAGAUGCAGGUUCAUCAGGGCACCCUCGGUCGUCGCAGCAAUCACAUGCAGACGUCCAUGAACAUGGACUCGCCACCGCAGCGGACCACCGCCAGCGGGACUCUCUCGGGCACAUUGUCAAAGUCGAGUUACAUUGGCAAUCCGAGCCCGGCGCCGCCCAACGACGUGAGCUUCUACAGCGUGGAGAUGGACAAUGGCGGCCGGGGGUACAUCAGCUACGACGGCAAUCCGAGUCCGGCGCCGCCCACGAUCGAUCCGACCGGCGGGCCCUAUUAUCCUUCGUCCAUGGGCUCGACGGGUCACAUAAUGGGUGGACACAUGACGGGGGCCGGCACCGGCACCUUGACGCGCACCAGGACGCUGCCGCGUCCCGUGCCCCCGCCCGACGUCACCGUGAUGACCGCGGGCACCAAGUCGCCGAUACCGCCGUCGGUGCCGCCGCCGCCCGCCACCUUCGCCCGUGCCGGCGCCAACAACGGCGGGCCCCAUCCGCAUCCGCACUCGCAUCCGGCACCGCCGCCGCCGUCCUGCCAGAGCCACCCGCUGUCGACGUUCGCGGCGACGCCGACCUACUCCGACAUCGACGGUCAUCUUGUCUGAGGCUCGCCGAUCUUCGGGCCCAGCUCGACGCGCGGCAAGUAUCGCGCCGUCGCCCAGAACGAGGACGACGAGGAUCACCGGCCGGCCACGGUCACGGAGAGGAGCACGCGUCUCUGAACGACGCCGUGCGCCGCGAUGAUUGUUCCUCUUCCGAAUCGUCCACGUCGUUCGUGUCAUCACCGAUCAUCUCCCUAAACGGCGGCGACGGCUCGCGCACGACGGCGUCGCGGCUGAAGGCCCUGCCACACAUCAUCAUGCGCCUGAACAAUCUCCUGAAAACUGUUUGGUGCGCGAGAACGAAAGUACGGCGAGGUGUGUAAAUAGAGAGAGAGAGAGAGACAUGAGGCAAAGAGAGAUAAAGAACGUUGAUGCGGGAGUGAGAGAGUGGUGCACCAGGUUCACGCUGUAAACAGCCUUUCCCUUCCACGCGGUUACUUCCUAGACGAGAGGAGACACGCGCGUGGGGCUCUCCUACGCGAUUGAAUUCUAAUCUUAGGGGUACACAUGUAUGUAUAAUUGAACGCACGACGAAGAGCGAUCUUGGAGAAGGAGAGAAAGAGGGAACGAUCGCGUGCCAGCACGCGCGAGCGUUCCCCGAAAAGCACGAGGAUGGUUCUACCGUACCUCCUCCGCUGUUCUUCUGCCUUCCCCUUCCCCCUUUCAUCUUUAUCGUUUUCCGCGCUCUAAACUCUUCGUCUUUGUCCGCUCGCCUUAGCGUUAUUUAGCGUAACUCGCUAAACAGCGACGUAAUCACGAUGCAUCGAACGAUCGAGCUCCAAAUCGACGCACCGAUCGUUGAGGAAAGUAUAUUUUUUCUGUAAAUACACGCAUAAUCCGAGAGGUAGACGAGAGAACAACCCCGCGAUAAUUUCCUCGGUUGCUUCGUGCAUGUCGGCACGAGUACACUCUUCGUCAUAGCGAUUAUGUUUAGAUAUCACUAUGCUGGUAUCAAUAACUGUCGGGAAACUCGCGAAGGAUCUUUGAAAUAUCAAUACGGGAAGUGAUUCUUCCUCGCUCCGACCGUGACUGACGCCAAAACGCCAAUUCCAAAUUUCCAAGUGUGCAAUCAUAAAUUUUCACGAUCAACAGUGACGUUAUUGUCACUAUAAAUAUCAUGGAAUAUAUUCCCUUUUGGCACUAGAAUAGCCAAUAUCAUACUAUGGUAUCAUAUUUAAAACGCGGAAGAAAAAAUACAUUCAAAUCACUUUUUUUAUUUCUUGUCUCUAACAAGAAGAAAAGGAUUAUAUUUGUUA